AUGCGCCAGUUGCUCUGUGAGGCCCGGGAGCCGAGGCGCCAGAUGCAUGUUGAUCAGACCUACUGCCGGUUCUGCACCAAGACCAAGGCGCAGCUGACGGAGCUGGGCGCCAAGUUCGACGUCGUGGAGCUGGACGAGGUCGAGGGCGGCAGCGAGCAGCAGGACGCGCUCGAGGACCUCACGGCCCAGAGCACGGUGCCCAAUGUGUUCGUGGGCGGCAAGUCAAUCGGCGGCAUCUCGGACGUGCGCAAGCUGCACAAGGCGGGCGACCUCGAGCCGCUGCUCAAGCAGAGCAGGGCGCUGUAA